CGGCGGGGGAUGCGGAGCCGGCCGCGGAAUAACAUGGGGGGCGGCCACUCCCACAGGGCGCCCGUCUUCGACGAGAAUGAGGACGUUAACUUUGACCACUUUCAAAUAUUGCGGGCUAUUGGGAAAGGGAGUUUUGGAAAGGUGUGCAUUGUACAGAAGAGAGACACCAAGAAAAUGUAUGCCAUGAAGUAUAUGAAUAAACAGAAAUGCAUUGAGAGAGAUGAAGUCCGCAAUGUUUUCCGGGAGCUGCAGAUAAUGCAAGGCCUGGAACAUCCCUUCCUGGUCAAUCUGUGGUAUUCCUUUCAAGAUGAAGAGGACAUGUUCAUGGUGGUGGAUCUCUUACUUGGAGGGGACCUGCGUUACCAUUUGCAGCAGAACGUGCACUUCAAUGAAGGAACUGUUAAACUCUACAUUUGUGAGCUGGCCCUUUCCUUGGAUUAUUUGCAGAGAUACCACAUCAUUCACAGGGACAUCAAACCUGACAACAUACUACUGGAUGAACAUGGACACGUUCAUAUCACUGACUUUAAUGUAGCAACCAUAGUGAAAGGCUCAGAAAAAGCUUCUUCUAUGGCUGGCACAAAACCCUACAUGGCUCCAGAAGUGUUCCAGGCUUUUAUGGAUGGAGGUCCAGGAUACUCGUACCCGGUAGACUGGUGGUCGCUAGGAAUUACAGCAUAUGAAUUACUGAGGGGCUGGAGGCCCUAUGAAAUCCAUUCAGCCACCCCCAUUGAUGAGAUACUCAACAUGUUCAAGAUCGAAAGGGUUCACUACUCAUCCGCAUGGUGCAAGGGCAUGAUAGCACUACUGAAAAAGCUCCUCAUUAAGGACCCAGAGUGUCGCCUUUCAAGCCUUGCAGACAUCCAGAACUCUCCAUACCUGGCUGAUGUCAACUGGGAUGCUGUUCUAGAGAAAGCUGUGACCCCAGGCUUUGUUCCUAACAAAGGAAGACUGAACUGUGAUCCCACAUUUGAACUUGAAGAAAUGAUUUUGGAGUCCAAGCCUCUCCAUAAAAAGAAAAAGCGACUUGCCAAAAACAAAUCCAAAGAUGGAGCUAAGGAAACCUGCCCACUGAACGUACACCUGCAGCAGUGCUUGGAAACCGUUAGGAAAGAAUUCAUCAUAUUCAACAGAGAGAAGUUGAGAAGACAGCAGGAUCAAAGUGGACAGACUUCCAGCAUUGACAGCAGAGCAUCUCUCCAGAGCCACGAGAAGCUCCAAGACGGGAGGAACAACAAUUUGCUGGGACAGGGCUGCACCAGGGGCUGCAGCAGUUAGUGAGCCCAGCCUGCUCCCACACAGGCAGGGAGGGGGGAUCCUCUCUGCACCCCUUUCCCUGCUCCCCUGCAUCCAGCCUGGCCCAUCCAAAACAGGAUCCCUGGCCGAGGACAAACCCGCACAGCACACAGGCUGAGAUUCUCCACGUCCAACUCUGCUCUCCUCCUGACUCUGCCCCUGGAAAAAUGACCAUCAGCAGCAAAAUACAGUUUUUUAAGUAAGUGUGACUUUUGUUUUCAAAAUCCUGGAAGAAAACUUGAAACAAUUCAUUAGGCAGCCUCUCAAAGAUUGCCACAUUCCUGGAUAUUUGCAAGAGACAACUGGGGCCAGCUUAUCUUGAAGGCUUUAAUAUUACCCCCAAUCUCUCUGUUAAUUAAAACAGUCCAGUUUGAAAUUUUGUGAAACUGCUGGACACAGCUGUCUCUAAGCAUCUGCUGUUGAGUUUAUAACAGAUGUACAUGAUGUAAAUACAUUAAUGUAGUGUCAAAUAGGCCAAACACUGAAUAAUUUCAUUUAAAUACCUGAAACUCAUUGAAAAAGUUGCAGUGUAAGUGUAUUCACCUUGUUCUUUAACAUCCUGUGUUCUGCUCUGUAGUAAAAGGUGUGACCCUGGCCAAGUCAAAGUUUUGCUAGUGACUUUAAUGGAUGCAGGAUCAGAAACACCUUUUUAUUUGUAGCAAGAGGCUGACUGAGCCAGAGCUGAAAAGCAGCUUAGUAAGGAGAGCUAAAAACAUUAAGAAUUUGCUCAGAUCCAUAGCUAGGUGUUAUAAAAUGUUAAAAAGUUACAUGUGUCUCUGUUUUCAUGGAUCUAUUCUGGAUGAAACUAUCUUGAAUAGAAAGAAAUGUACUUUAGUCAAAAUAUUGCUGACAUGAAGUCCUUUCAUUUUAAACAGCAGCCAAAAUUCCAAACAUUUAUGAUAUUUUACAACUUGUACAUCCACAUUUUUAUAAUAAAUGCAUGUUUAUUCUGUCCCAUUGUGCUUUUGUUUUGAAGGGUUACCACCUGUAAGCAAAUUUCAUUUCAACUUUUUAAAACAAUUAGGUUAGGGUUUUGGAAGUGAGAAACAUUUUAUUUGAAAUAAUCUAUUUUUACAGCAUCAUUUCCAUUCUUUCAAAAAAAAUGUAUUUGUAAUUGAAUCUAUUGUAAAUUUUGUUUCAUGUUAUAUGUAAUUUUGGUCACAACUUUUUCACAAAUACAGAUUUUUAUCACUCCAUGAAAUGUUACAGUGUUCCACAUCAUCAACAACAAACAGUUUACAAAUGUACAAAGGUAAAGAUUUUAUGUCUGUCACAAGCAUGGUGUUGGUCUUCUUUCUUAAUUUGGUCAUAGACUGAAAUAAUCAUACAAUCAAACAAAGGAGCAAAAUUUUUCUGGUCAUAAGAUGAUAAAUUUCAUCACCCAGAAUAAACUAUUUCCCAUCCA